AUGGGCUGGCACGCUCAGAAAUAUCGUGGUAACUCGCCAGACGGCGGCGGCAAGGGCCAGAGCAAAGGCAAGGACAACCACACCGACACGAGCCAGCGUCACCAGCAUCCCAGCCGCGGCGCCCAGCGUGAUGCACACCUCCACGAUGCACCCGGCAGUGCUCGUGAGGUGACCGCGAUGUCCACGCAAAGGGAGGCCGAGCGCGCAGCCCGCACGGAGAGGAAGAGCCACGCUGCCGAGAUCAGGGAGAACGCGGCCUCGGCGGCAGGAGAACUCCUCGGCUUGACCACCCCGAAGAAUGAG